UGCGCCGAGUCUGUCAGGCUGAGGUGGGGUAAACACAGACCGGCGGUCGGGCAGCGGUGGCGGCCUUGCGGGGAAGCGAAAGGACGAGCCGGGCAGCCCGGCAAAAUGGCGGCCGCCGCGCAGGUGUGUGAGAACAUCCAGAUGCUGCUGGAGGCGGCCGAGUUCCUGGAGCGCCGCGAGCGAGAAGCCGAGCACGGCUACGCUUCCAUGCUGCCCUACAGCGCCAAGGAGAGGGAGGCCCUGAAGAGGAGGAGCAGGCCCAAGAAAGGCGGCGGCGGCAGCAGAUCAACACAUAAUGAAAUGGAGAAGAAUAGGCGCGCUCAUCUGCGAUUGUGUCUGGAGAAGCUGAAAGGGCUGGUGCCUCUUGGGCCAGAAUCCAGUAGACAUACUACACUGAGUUUACUAACAAAAGCUAAAUUGCACAUAAAGAAACUUGAAGAUUACGACAGGAAAGCAAUACACCAAAUAGAUCAGUUGCAGCGAGAACAGCGGCAUCUGAAAAGGCAGCUGGAGAAACUGGGCAUUGAGCGCAUACGAAUGGACAGUAUAGGCUCGACAGUUUCUUCCGAACGGUCAGAUUCGGACAGAGAAGAAAUGGAGGUGGACGUGGAGAGCACAGACUAUCUCGUCGGGGACCUGGAUUGGAGCAGCAGCAGCAGCAGCCCCCCCAGCGAUUCCGACGAGAGGGGCAGCUUGCAGAGCGCCUGCAGCGACGAGGGCUAUUCCAGUGCCGGCAUUAAGAGAAUAAAGCCGCAGAACCACCUGAAGGCCUGCCUUAGCCUAUAAGGAGCCGGUAGCGCCCCCUCCCUCGCCCCAUCCACUGCUCUUUCCUCCUUGGAUUUCGCUAGGUAGUAUGUUGUUGGACCGCUCCACAAUUCUCUUGCACGUAAACUUCUUGCACCAUUAACGUUACCAAAACCUGCUUUGCCUAAGUCUGAAAACAGUGCAUAGUGUUGUGGGUUACAAGUUCCUCCCUGGCGCACGCCUCUGGUGGCAUCUGCUAGCCUCUUUCCUCUCUGUACCUUCAUCUCUGGGGGACCGAACAUUCCAGGCGGGAUUCUUAGCCCCUGCAAUAGUGUUGCAGGAACAGCCACUGGGUGUGUUGGGCCUGGGCUGCAGCUGCUUAAUGUUCUGGGUGAAGAUCUUCACCCAGAGGCAGCAGGGCUGAAGGGGAUAGGUGCUGUUUGGAAACCAAAGCCAGACGAACCUCCAGGGGCAGCCAUUGUAAAAGAGACCCUCCUUUUUUUGACCUUCAUGGCAUCACAGCGGCAGGCAGAAGUUGAAAACGACACGACAGGCUUGAAAGAACAUAAGCUUGUUAGGGAAUUGUGCAGUGAAUCUUUCCAGUCACUGUUAAAAAAAAAUUCUGAAAUGUUCCAAGUCAUUAUAGUAAUAAAGUAGCCAACCCAGAGGUUGGGAAUAGGAUUGAGAAGGGUAACUAAAAGGCUGAACUAAGUUUGGCAGAAUGAGAGCCGGCCUGGUGGAAUUGUCCCGGAGGCUCUGAAUGGGAGUUGGGGAUGGUUUUCUCUUUGAGCUGCCUGGCCCUGUAGGAUCUCCAUAGUUUCACGUCAGAUGACCAAAUACGACACUUGUGCAAUCUUGAUUAUAUCAUCUUUGCAUUGACAGCUGCACGUUCUUUUUAUUGCUAGCAGCUCUUUGGGCUGCCGAGUGUUUUUGCUUUUUGUCUCUGGGACAAUUAUUUCUACCUCAGAGAGAUGAACAAAGCUGAUCUCAACCCCUUUAGCACAAAUGAAGUAGGAUGCCUCGUUUGCAUACUUGGUACCAACCAGUCCGACCUGUUUCCUUAAAAAUUCAGCAAUAACUGAGUGACAAAGUUAGCUGCGCUAGCUUUCAAUUAAUGACUGAGGAGAUGGCCUCAGAGUAAUUAUUCCACGGUUGCCCUCUUGGCAUUCUAGCACUUCUUUUACCAGGUGGAAUUCUUUGGGAGAAGAAUCCCAAUGUGCCGUGUGUGGUUUUGGUUUGGAUGUUGGACGACUUCUUGGCCCCCUUUUCGCACUCCUGACAUCUGCAGCGUUUCUCAUUUAAGCUAAGUAGAACACAUGCAAAUGUACAUAAUGUGGUCUAUAAAUAGUAUUUAUUCAUUUUUAUAUCAACCUAAUGUACUAUUCUUAUGAUUUUGUGCUUUUAUAGAUGAUUAGGAAACUUUGUAUGUCAAAGUCUAAUGAACCUUCUUUUUCCCCUUCUUUUUGCUUUGAACUGCCCACUUUAUUGGCUGCCAGUGACUUUUAACAAGGAUUCUUUGUAUGCAGCUAGUUCUUGCCCAGCACUUACAGACUGUCAGAGUGACAGUCAAGCAACUUCCUGCCACUUUACUCUCAAAGGGCUAUGUGGCAAGUGUGCUUUACUACAUAUCCCAGGUUUGCUUAUAUCCACUAGCAGAUACCCAAGCAAAUACUAUGAAAAUAGAUUUGCUUUAAGAAAGUCAGUUUUUGAGAUGGGAAGUGGGGCUAGUGAAUGGCUAAAGAUCUCCAUAUCAAUUUCUUGGCAUGGUCUUGAGUCAAGACAAGAUAGUAGGAAGAAGAGCUGGAAUUCUCCGUGGUCUCUUCCUUGCUGGAGACUUUCCUGCAUCACACUAGCAGCUGACUGGCAUCUAGGAGUCCCUGCUGAAAACCCUUCAGAGACUGAGCUCCCAGUCUGCAGUUUGCACCCCCUUGAUUUGGAUAGGUUUCUUGCUAGAGGCCUUUGAGUUUCUCUCUUUGUUAAGGAGUAGCAUAAAAUUGCCCCUCACAUUCAAUUCCAUGUUGUCAUCUUAAAGUUCAAAGUAGCCUUUGAUUUGGAAGGCACUUGAUAGGGUAAAAUUAGUAUGUUUUUCUUUAUAAGUAACAACACUUACUGUGGGUUUUUUAUUGAUGUUGUUGUUGUUGUGCCUUUUGUGAAUUACUGGGCACAGUUUACUUCAGACUCCUCCUGGCCAGGAGGACUCCCCCUCUGAAUAAAUGGAAGCUGCAGAUAUAUCCAUAGUGCACUUGAGAAAAUAGAUUUUGGAGGGUGCAAACAUUCUGUUCUUUAGUAAAGUACUUUGAAGUUUUGUUUUGUUGUCCUUCUUGAGAGCCAGUAAUUGAGCUUUGCACUUUCUGGAUGUGCUCCUUUCAAAAUGUGGGUGGUACAGAAAAUAAUUAUAACUCCAUAAAGGAUGCACUAAUUUCAGAAGCUAGACUAAAGCAAUCUGUGAUGUUUCAAAAACAUCUAAAUGAAUAGAUGAAUCCUCCUAGAGGCCUUUAGGGCCCCUCCCAGUGUCUUGGUUAGGACUGGUCUUGGCUGCUCCAUGCAUCUGGGGGCCUUUGGUCGGUCCCUCCCUGAGACAGUUGCCCCAUUGCAAGCAGGCUCCGUAAUGUCUGAACCUUGCCCAAGCAUUCGGGAGGGUUGUGUAGCACUGUGCCAUGUUUUUCAAUAGAGGUGUAGCUGUGGGUGAACGGCCACACCAGUUGCCUUGUUGAGGGAGAGAAGCCGAAGUUUCCUAGUCUGCCAGGGUGCCCUUGAACGAUUGUGGAGGCAGCAGGGACCACGUGGUCUGUUAGCGUGUGGACUGGGCUCUCUAAAUGUGACAUUCUGGUGUGGCCAGCCUUUCUGCCGUAUUCACUGAUCCACCAGCAUUAUUAUGUAAUAAGCUGCAGAAAAUUAAUUUUGUAGAUCCUUAAUGGGGAGCUGCGUUUCUGUAUCUGUGUUUACAACUGGAAGUUUGUGUGGGUGUGCGUGUGCAUGGGUGCAUUUAAAAGACCACUAAACGCUGCGGCACUGAGCAACUUUUUUGCAGACAGUAAAUCCAGAGGAUACUUAAUUGGAAAUGGAAGUUGAGAAUUUGUGCUCUUAUUCAUCAAAAAUAAACAUGGCUGUCAGGGUGACAAUCUGAAAUAUCCCAAAAGUAUUGUCUUUACCUGGUGAAUCUUUUCCUGGGUGUUGAACACCCAGAAAUUUUAUUACUGUGUAUUUUUCUAAUAAAGCAGAGCUUUCAAGGUGCUGAUAGACACAUCUUGUGAACUUUUUUUCCAGGGUUUGUGUGAAUACCUGUUUUUGAUUCAAAUUCAAAGCACUUAUUUGAAAUGUGUAAUUAGGUGCCACAAAAAAGGUUGCAGAGCUCUGGGCAUUAGCAGGGUGUGCACUGCCAACUGCCAUUUUAGCACUUUGUUCCCCCAAUGGGCCCUUCUCUCUUCCCAGGUCCCCAGAAUCUCUCUGGCUUCCCUUUAGAACACCGUUUUCUGCCAUGAUGUUUACAAACACCGCCCGGAAGAGAGAGCCCUGUUGUGUUCUCUGGGGUGUGUGUGAAGGGGGGGUAUUUUUUGUGCUCACUGCCUAAUUAAAUUUUGGCAUCUGAUGUACAGCAAUAUAAUGGGGCUCAUAGAGUCCUUUUGCCCCCUUGGUCACAAAUUCAGGUUUUGACACUUAACUGUAUUGGGACGAAUGCUGCUUUUACAUAUCUAGUUAUGCACUUGCUCCCCCAUUACAAAUAGUAAGUUGCAUCCUUUGGUUUUUUUUCUCCCCUUCCUGUUAACACAAGUGGCUUUUUUCCCUUUUAUGAUUACCUGAACUUCAUUGUACAACUAUGAAUCAAUGAUGCGUUUGUUUCAAAGAAGAGCUAUCCCAAAUUAUUAAG